UAUUAAUUGCCUCUGUGUACAGUUUUUAUAUAUUUUUUAUUUAAAAUCACUCUCGUGUGUGUACUGCCUGACCUGGGUAUAGAGCCAAAUCCAUCCGACGGUAUCCGGGCCCUUUUUAAUUUGUAGCCACGUCUGUUUGUAUUGCCCCCCCCCUUUUUCCAAAUUUUCCACCAAAAACGCGGAUUAAGUUCACUUCGACCCUUUCUUCCCGUUUCGAACCCAACGCCGCACGCUUCCGCGGACUUCGAUGUGACUGAAGGUUUUUUGAUUGUCACAAUACAAUCAACCCACUUUCUUUUAUCACAACUCUUUUAUCUUCCUUUUACGAAGGUUCACAUUCUCACAUUCCACUACUUUCUUUUUCUGGACAGUCUCUUCUGAGUGGAUCGAGGAGUGCACGACGCUGUUUCUUCACGGGACUUUUGAGUGAGGAAAGUUUCGUGGUUGUCAGGAUCGUCGUGACGUCAAAUUGACCUGGGGGCACUUCUUCUUCUUCUUCCUAUUCCAGGAAUCACAUGCCGUCAAACCAUCUUCGUUGAAGUCUCAUUUCCAACUUCCAUCAAACCACCUCAUCACCCACGUUCUUUCAACACCCACCAUGUCCCCCUCCAAUUCCCAAAACACAACGGAGGCCCCCUCGUCCGACACCCCCAACGACACAACCUACCUAACCUCCAUAAUCUCCGACCAACUCCGCCUCCUCACCAACUGCAUGGCCGAACGCGACCGCGCCUCCACCGAACGCGACCGGGCCUGCGAAGAGCGCGACGCCGCCACCGCCCAAUGCGCGAAAUACUACCACGACAUCCAGCUCCUCACCUCCACCAUCUCCCGCCUCGAAGAGCAGGUCGCGCGCCAGGACACCGCCGCGCGCACGCACGCUAAUAAGACCCGCGAGCUAGAGAAACAGGUUAAUGUUCUCAGCCAGCAGGUGGCGGGGAAGAGGGCGGUGUGGUUUGAGCAUAAUCCGCGCUCGGGGGGGAGGUCGGGGGGGAAGUCGGUGAGGAGUAACAACCCCUUUGCUACGCCGACGAAGAUGGGGCCGCUUGUGGUGUUUGGGAAUGGCGGCAGCAAUGCGGGGACGCCGACGAAGAUGGGGAGGACGGUGGAGGAGGCGAUGGCUGAUGCGUUGGCGGGGGGUCAGCCGAUCACGGCGCAGCUGUUGAGUCGGUUCGAUAGCAUUCCUCCAUCUCCGCAGCAUCUCGGCCCUGUCACGCCCGCAUCUGGGGAACUGCCAUGCGGCCCCGCGAAACCGUGUACGCUCAACACCUACGCAUCGACCGCGAGCCGCGUGAUCUCAGCCUGCAACGGGGUGGCGCAGAACGGGAUCGACACGUUCCCCGCGACGAGCUUGAUUCCAUUUGAGAGCAACGAGGAGCUGAUCGCGGGGUUCGUGGCGACGUUUGAUGAUGUAUAUCUCAUGGUCUGCGGGUGGGUCACCACGUAUGCGGAUAAGAUCAAUCCGAUUGAUGAGAAGGAUAUUGGGGUGCAGCCGAGGUGCUGGGCGUAUAUGCUGAGUUGUCUCAGUCCGCUGGGGGAGAAGGAUGCGGCGUUUGUGAUUGGCAGCUUUCAGCGCGAUACGGCGACGAGGAGGUGGUUUGUUAUGAGGAUGGUGGUGCAGUAUAUUCAUCUCCAUGUGUGGAGUUAUACUACUUGGCUUGGGUAUAGCGAUGCGAGUGAUGCGGAUUUGAACCGUAUUUGCAAGAAGCUCGCUGAGAAGGGCGUGACUCUCGACCAACGCGGUGAACUCCUCGCCGAACGCUCCCUCUGCGUCUCAGCCAUCAUGGGCACCCAAGACUACCGCGGCUUCCGCAAAUACAUGAUCGCGCAACACACUAAGAAACUGCGCGACAUCCUCCCCCUCGUCCUAAACCCCGGCAUCAACCGCUCGGACGCCGGUCGCGACCUCGCCGUCGUGGUAGCCAAGGCCUUCGAUCUCUCCGCGCAGCUGUUCACAUGCGGCUGGACGUUCAUCAUCAGCAUGCCCGAAGCCGGGGCGAAGUUUGCGAAGCCCAGUAUGCGUGCUAGAAACUCGGAUGUGGAGCCGCUGGAUCUGCAGAUGAGGGGGAUGAGGAUUCGGUUCGCGGUUACGCCGUUUGUGACGCUGAGGGAUGAUAGUGGGUUGGCGAUUGUGACGAGGAAUAUUGAUCGGUCGAGUGUGCUUAUUGAGCAGUAAGUAGGUGGUCAUCCUUUCGGCGUUAGAUCGGAGUUGCAUUUGGCGGUGGUUGGAUGGUUUACUGAGAAUUAUUAGAUCGCGGUGUUCUCGUUGAGUGGAAGAUGGUCGGCUUGUUGAUGGUCAUCUUUCUCUGUUCCUUGAUUUGCCAUGAGAUGAGCUUGUCCGCUCAUAGGUCAGCAGCUCCUUCGUACCUAAAGCUUCUCAUGUCCUUCGGUGUGACGUGUGCUUCCUGGAUGCGUGUCCCGGUGAUAAUCUCGUCAGCCAGUCAAUCUUCAUCCAAGAGCCCUCAUCCUCCCAUCGCAUGUUCUUGGUCGUUUCACUGAGCAUUGGAUGAUCGUCUCAUUGAGCAUUGGAUGGUCAUCUUCUUGAGCAUUUGAGGAUCAUCUCGUCGUGUUUACGGUCGGUCGUCUUCUUCAGAAUCGAAUGAUCAUCUCAUUUAUGGUCGUCUUCUUCAGCAUUAGAUCUCCCUUUUAUCGAUCAUUAGACAGUCGUCUUCUCUCGCAUUAGACUCUCGUCAUCUUGGGCACCGCGGGCCAUUAAUUGAACAAAAGGAAAAGGAGGUCAUACCAAACAUUACCAAAAGAACUGCACCGGCAUAUUGCUUCAUAACCAUGUCUUAGCUAGCUGAAUAUAAAAGGAUUUGAUCCAUAUUUCGGAUAUGAUUGUGAUGUAGGUAAAUUGUGAAGCUUAUCGUCUCCUUUUCCC